AUGACUUUCUUCAGGGACCUCUAUGACGAUGGGUGCUACUCACGAUUUGGCUAUGAAGACCUCUAUGGCUUUGGGGGCCUGAAUGGUUACCUGUAUGGGAGCCCAUAUGGCUACUACCGCUACGGCAGCCCAUAUGGCUACAGAAGCUUUGGGAGCCUGUAUGGGAACAGAGGCUUGAUCGGUUAUGGAGGUUUUGAUGGGGGCUUUGGGGACCUGUACAGAUUUGGGUACGGUUACCCGUUCUCUUCUCGUUUUGGAAGCAGAUGCUUCUAUUGA